GCUCCUGGUCCUCCCUCUCUCUUAGCUCUCUCUGUACUUCUCUCAGUUCACACACAUCACUAUAACUAAAACAAAACUCUUCCUCUCUCUCUAAAAAGCUCACUGUUUUUUUUUUUUUUUUCCUUUUCUUGCUUGCUAAAUGGCGGAUUUUUGUAAGCUACAACAAUGAAGGUUACCGGAAAACCGCAUUCUACGGCGACAUUUCCGGGGAACUCUAUUACUUCCAAAGCUCAGAAUCCGCAGCCUCAUCCAGAUCUCAAGCAUCGACGACGUCAAACUAGGAAUCCUACUCUUACAAAAUCGAAGAGAGCUGGAACUCCGGUCGGAAAGCGUAGCCGAAGUCGACCGGAAACUCCUCUCUUGAAAUGGAAGAUCGAAGAUAGAGAGAGAAAUGUUCGAGUUCAAGAGGAUGAAGAUGAAGAUGAGCAUCAGCAGGAGGAGAAGAUAGAGAAUGGUGCCCGUAAAGGUCGACGGAAAGUCUCACGGGCUGUGUCUGCGAGGAAGCUGGCAGCUGGUUUGUGGCGAUUGCAGCUGCCGGAGACUGUGGCAGCUGGUGCCAGUGAGAGGAGGAGGAAGGGUCAAUUAGGGUUUCAGCCUGCCGCUGGUCAUGCGGGCAUCUCAUUUAUGCCUCAUCAUAGUGGCAAAGCUAAAGGGUUUGAAGUACAUGAUCCAUUACAGAGUCCGAGUUCUGUCUCUGGUGUGAAGAAUAAAUUAUUCUCUAAGCUUGAACCUUCAUUUCAGUUUUCCAACUCUGCAAUGGAGGGCGCAACUAAAUGGGAUCCUGUCUGCUUGGAAACAUUAGAUGAGGUGCGACAGAUCUACAGCCACAUGAAGCGUCUUGAUCAACAAGUUAGUGCUGUAUCAAUGGUUUCUGCCCUUGAAACUGAACUAGAGCAGGCUCAGGCAUGCAUUCAGGAGCUUGAAGAUGAGCGUCGGUCCUCAAAAAAGAAACUGGAGCACUUUUUGAAGAAAGUAAGUGAAGAAAGGGCUGCAUGGAGGAGCAGAGAGCAUGAGAAAAUUCGUGCAUUUAUUGAUGACAUUAAAGCAGAUUUAAACCGUGAAAGAAAAAAUCGUCAAAGGUUGGAAAUUGUAAAUUCCAAAUUGGUUAAUGAGCUAGCUGAUGCGAAGGUUUCAGCAAAGCGAUAUAUGCUAGACUAUGAAAAAGAAAGAAAAACCAGAGAAUUGGUUGAGGAAGUAUGUGACGAGCUUGCAAAGGAGAUUGGGGAGGACAAAGCUGAAGUUGAAGCACUAAAGAGAGAAUCAAUGAAACUCCGUGAGGAAGUGGAUGAGGAAAGGAAGAUGUUGCAGAUGGCUGAGGUAUGGCGUGAAGAGCGUGUUCAAAUGAAGUUGGUGGACGCAAAGGUGGCACUUGAACAAAAAUAUUCAGAGAUGAACAAGCUUGUAGCAGAUUUAGAAACUUUUCUAAGAUCCAGAAGCGCGACCCCAGAUUUGAAGGAAAUGCAAGAAGCUGAAUUGCUUCUACAUGCUGCUGCCUCUGUGAAUAUCCGGGAGAUGAAGGAAUUCACAUAUGAGCCAGCUAACCCAGAUGACAUUUUCUCUGUUUUUGAAGAAGUUAAUGCUGGUGAACCCAAUGAGAGGGAGAUUGAGCCUUGUAUUGCAUACAGUCCUGCCAGCCACGCCUCAAAAAUUCAUACUGUGAGUCCUGAAGUAGAUGUGAUUACCAAGGAUAGCAAUCACAGACAUUCUGAUGCAUUCUUUGAUCACAAUGGUGAUAUUGAAGAAGAUGAGAGCGGGUGGGAAACUGUAAGCCAUCUUGAAGAUCAAGGUUCAAGUUACUCACCAGAAGGGAGCAUCCCAUCUGUCAACAACAAUCACCGAGAUAGUAAUGUUUCAGGGAGUGGAACAGAAUGGGAAGAAAAUGCAUGCGGUGAAACCCCAAUAACUGAAAUCACCGAACUCUGUUCUGUGCCAACAAGACAGUUGAAGAAAGUGUCAUCUAUCGCAAAGCUUUGGAGAUCAGGCCCAAACAAUGGAGAUAACUAUAAAAUAAUUUCAGUAGAUGGAAUCAAUGGCAGGCUAUCCAAUGGAAGGAAAUCUAGUGGGGGCAUUUUAUCUCCAGAUCGAGGGUCAGGUAAAGGGGGAGGAGACAGCCCUGAUUUGGUGGGGCAAUGGAGUUCGCCUGACUCGGGUAAUCCUCACAUAACUAGAGGAAUGAAAGGUUGCAUUGAAUGGCCACGUGGUGCGCAAAAGAAUAGCUUGAAGGCAAGGCUUAUGGAGGCAAGGAUGGAGAGCCAGAAAGUCCAACUACGCCAUGUUCUGAGACAGAAGAUCUAGGUAGGUAGAAUUAAUGAUGCAAAUGUUGUUUAUCAAAAAAUUUCAGAGAAAACCAGAUGGAAAUAAGUAGUAGUAUCAUUUUUUGACCGUGGAGGUAGAGAAUGAGUUUGUUUCUUGUUGUAAAUGGUCAAAAAGGAUAAAAAUGCAUCAUUGGCUUCAUGGACUGAACGCCAUCUGAUAUACAUGUAAUGCUUUUUGCUAAAUGCCCAUUUUAGUGGAAAUUACAUUAUUUAUGGUGUCUUGGCUAUGCA